CAUCACGCAACGUCGUUUUUACGCGACAGAAGAGAGAAGAGAAGAGGCUUUUGUGUUGGCAAAUGGCAACACACGAACGCUUGCUUCAUCGCGUGGUGAAGUGAAAGCAGCAUUUCCCUAACUAUGGGCGAUCACGUAGCGAAGGGACAAGAACUCGCCAAGAAAGCGGAGAACAAGCUCCACGCUUGUUGCGCCCUGUUUGGUUCCAACUACGAAGACGCCGCCCAAUUGUUCCACAAAUCCGCCACUUCCUUCAAACUCGCCAAAUCAUGGGACAAGGCGGGCUCACUCUUCGUCAAAUCCUCUAAAUGUCACAUGAAGCUAGAUAACAAGUACGAUGCUGCAAAUGCUUAUGUAGCUGCUGCACAUUGCUACAAGAAAACUUCCACACCAGGAGCUAUUUCCUGCUUAAAUAAAGCUGUGACUAUCUUCACAGAGAUUGGUAGACAUGUCAUGGCUGCAAAGUAUUCAAAGGAAAUUGGUGAGUUAUACGAGAUUGAUCAAGACAUUGAGAAUGCUAAAUCAAAUUUUGAGAGGGCUGCUGAACUUUUUGAAAUUGGGGGGAAUGCAGAAACCUCUGUGAUCCAGUGCAAACUUAAAGUUGCACAAUUUUCUGCUCAACUUCAACAAUAUCAGAAGGCAAUUAAGAUUUAUGAAGAUAUUGCUCGACAAUCGCUGAACAGUAACUUGUUGAAAUAUGGAGUUAGAGGACAUCUUCUUAAUUCUGGCCUCUGCCAGCUUGCUCAAGGUGAUUCCGUUGCGAUUACAAACUCUUUGGAGCGCUAUCAGGACUUGGAUCCAACAUUCUCCAGAACCCGUGAAUACAAAUUUUUGGCCGAUUUGGUGGCUUCAAUUGACGAGGAAGAUGUUGAAAAAUUUACUAGAGUAGUCAAGGAGUUUAAUAGCAUAACCCCAUUGGAUUCUUGGAAGUCAACCCUUUUGCUGAGAGUAAAGGAUGCUUUGAAAGUAAAAGAGAUGGAAGAGGAUGAUUUAACAUGAAUCAAUGACACUGAAUUUUCUGCCGAUGAGGUUAUUCUCAACUUUUUAAAUGCCAUCAGUAAGGAUGUUAUUUUUCCCAUGGUUCGACGGUUUUUUUUUAUUUAAGCAGAAGGUUAUCUGUGCAUCACGCCUGUAUAUACCCAAAAAUUGACAAAUGUGUUUUCCGAACCUUUAUUCCUGAGCUGCAGACCUUUAUUCCUGAGCUGCAGAAGUUAUAAGAUCUAAUUCAUGAUGUUUAAAGGCAUUCUAUACUAGACCGUGGUAAGUCGAAUGAAUUAUUA